CAUCCAUCGCAUACAUGGAUUAUCGAAUAAGAUGGAUUCGCGACAGAGUAUUGAAGUUUCUCGGGCUGACCGAUCAGGAACAUCUUUUCGACAAUCUUAUAAAUGCGAAUAACCGAUACUUCGAAGACAAGCUACUUAACUUUCUUAUAUUAGAUUUGUAUGGAGUGACGGAUCUGGAGAAAAAACUGAUUUUCUUCUACAAAACUUACGUCAGUGAAGUAUUUCAGGAGGAGGUCUCAGUGUGGGAGGAAAGUCAGCGUGCAAAAAUAACAGCAUUGACAGCAUUUACGUCAAAGAGCAGAAGGUUAACAAAAAGUGCUCCUGGAAAAGUGGAUGAUGACAAGAAAAAAAAGGAUAAGAAGUUUGCGAGAAAAGUUAAAAAAGUCAAAGCCUUGACCGGCAAAGUGAGUCCGGUUACUAGUCGCAUGGAAAUGAGCACUAGUACUUUGCAUACUCCUAGUAUACCAGAAUCCAGCGAGGAGGAAGAAGAAGAUGAAAACGAAGGAGAGCAGAACGGCAGCCGUGAUCUUUCUGCUUCUUCUAGAAAAAAGGGAGAGCCGAAAAGUGCUCCUACUGAUAGCCCCGCAUUUGCACCACCGCCUGGAGAAGAAGAUAAAUACAUUCUAACUAAGAAAUUGGUGGAGAAAGUUUGUCAGGUACCAGUGCUUCACAUGAUAUGCGGCCAAAUAGACGGCAACAGAACUGAUCUGCAGGACAUCACGUUCUUCUACUUCAUGCGCACCAGUGAUGAGGGCAUACCUUCUUUCGAUACCUACGAAGAGUGCCUCAAUGAGAUCACGAAUUACGUGGUGGUCGGCUCGCUCAACAGCAGAUUCCUGGCUUCCUUGAAUAAAAUACUGGUUCAUGUAUUUAAGCCAUUGGUGGAAAAUCAAUUCAGAGGACCGGAUUCUUGCGAGCCAUUGCAGAUUGAUGAAAAAAGAAAGAAGGUGGACGUCGAAGCAAAACCGAUGCUGAAGCGACCAUCCGUUUUUAUGAGACCAUCCAUAUUAAUAUCUAAGCAAGAUCUGCCCGCGAGAGGAAAGAGGAACGAUGAAGAAACAAUCUCACAGGAUGAUAGCUCCAGAGGCAGAAAACUGAAGCCAAGUUUGAGAAGCAAAAGAUCCGAUUUAUCUACAUCAGAGUUAAGCAGAUCGACCAGUUUAAGGGAAACGAGAAAACAGCCAAUAAUCGAUCAAAUCAAGAAAGAUAUUUUAGAUUAUCUCGAUAAUAUAAUCGAGAGCGCAGAAUUGACAUUGGAGCAUAUCGAAGGCGAUAUUUUGCUGACAAUGCCGAAAAUUCCAGAGCUCAACGAUCCUACAAUAACAGAUGAUAUGUUGCUGAAGAAUAAGGACAUCGUCGAACAAAUGGAAGAAAUAAUUAUGUCGUGGGAGAAACAUAUACAGAAGAUAAUGGAGUUAUACGUGAGCAAAGCAUUUCCGGGAAAAGGACCACUAGCAGAGUACCAACACUGGCAAGAUUGCGAGAUCGGAUUAACAAUGUUGGUUGAACAAUUGAAAAUGCCUUUCGUCAAAAGAAUCUUCGAUCUUCUGGAACAAAUACACUCGCCAAUUGCUUCGAGUUUUCAAUAUUUUCGAACCGAAUUAUGGAAACACUAUGUGGAAGCCAGAGAUAAUAAUAAAUUUAUUCAAACUCUGAUGAGAUACUUCAAGUUGAUUACCGAAUCGGAUUCGUUCGAAUCUAUAGCAGAGUGCAUACCUUCGUUGAUGGAGGGACUGCGAAUGCUCUGGGUGUUAUCUAGUUAUUAUUGCCGCGAGGAGAAAAUAAUGCUGCUGAUGGACCGGAUAUCAUGGCAACUCUGCGAAAACGUCAGGCAUAAUCUGGCUAUCGUCUUACUGUUCAAAAAGCCUCUAGAAGAGAUCCUAAAACAGACAAGCGCAGCCAGCGCGAUGCUGAAACAGUGGAGACAAUCAUACUUGAGGACCCGAUUGGAUAUCGAACUGUCGGGAAAAGGAAAUCGUUGGGAAUUCGAUCAAAAACGCCUCUUUCAGAAUACGAAGUACAUUGCUGAAGUGUGCAACGAUCUGUACAAAAUUGCUGGCGUCCUGCAGGACUUCUACAACAUCUUUGGACCCGAUCUCAAGUCUAUCAUAAACGAUCCGGCGCAAAUCGACGCUGUGGUGAAGCGAGUGGACGCGCUGGUGGUCCCGAUCGAGGAGGCUGACUUCGACAUCUUCAACGUAUUCAACAAGGAGAAUUGGGAGGCCAUGACCGCAUGGUUCUACGAGCAGGUGUCUUAUCUGGAGGAUCAGGCCAAAUUUUACAUCGACGAAUGCUUUACGGUGCUGAUCAACGCUGAGAAUGCGCUAGAGAUGUUGCUCAAGUUCAAGAGCAUAAAGACCCGUGCUGCCAUUCAACAGCAACUGCUACGAAAAUUCGAUAUGAUUAUGCAACAGUUUAGCAAAGAGGUCAACAUCGUGGAAAACAUAUAUCAUCGCGGCAAACGGCAUCCGCCGUUGCUGACGUAUCAUCCGCCGAUGGCGGGAGCAAUUUUCUGGGUGAGGCAGCUGUUCCACAGACUGCGUAGGCCGGUGCUGAUCUUCCAGGAAGUGCGCGAGCUGAAGCACAACGAAUUAAAGCUUCUCGCGUUCAGCCAAUACUUCGAACUCGCGAAGCAGCUGAAGGAGUUCGAGAAGGCCAAGUUCAACAUGUGGCUUGAGAAGGCGUUACCGAUAAUAACUACCAUCAUGAAGAAGAGCGUAUUGAGGAUGGUUCGCAUCGAAUGGGAUACUGCAGCUACUCUGACCUUCCCGGAUGAGCAACAAGCCAAAGAUCAACAAGCCAAAGAUCUUCAAUUAGUGCAAUUUAUGUCGAAGACGAAGGCCAAAAACAUGGGUUCCAUUCUAUCAACCCCACAUGAAUCACUAGUAAGACAUGACGGCAUAAUAUCGAAAGCUAAUGCGGAGAUCGAGAGUAUUGCAGACUCUAGAAUCAUCUCUAUGGGUCAGCCGGAAGGGAAGAUCGAUGUCAGAGUAUCAUCAUUGAAAGAAGCAGGCAAAAGCUCCACCGUGUCCUCUGAUAAACACGAUACUCGUGCGAAGAUCACUUGGAAGGAGUUUAUGAGCGGCGCUAUUCUGCUAGAGUGCCAGCUACGCUUUCAGGUCAACUUCGAUUGGGACGUUUUCGAGGUGAUUAGAGAGGCGGAAUUGAUGGAACAGCUAGGCUUCGAGUUGCCCGCGACUAUCAGAGACGUCGGCAUUCAAAAGACCCGGCUGAGGACGGAUCUCGACGCCAUCGAGAAGAUGAUCGGGCAAUACAACAAUAUCCUAAAGACAUUAGACAAAGCGGAUGUGCAAUUGCUGAAGCAAACCUUGCAGGAUGUCGAGAAGCACAUUCAACCUGGCGUCACGCGAUUCAGUUGGAACUCUUUGAGCAUCUCGGAUUAUGCAGCAACCUGUAAUAGAAUAUUGAAGAACUUGGUUUCCACCAUCAACCAAGUUGAACAGAUAAAAAAGGAGCUCGACAAUAGAAUCGAUUCUGAACUGGAAUCAUAUCAUCUGUUCUCUAUAAAGAAAGAAAUCGCUGAAUCAGAGAUCCUCUUACCGUGCAAGGUAUAUUUGCAGACCUAUUUUAUGGAAAUAAAAAAUCGAAGAUCCGAACUGGUAUCGUUGAUAUUAAAGGCAUACCAGUCAAUAAGUCCGAUGCUUAUAAAACUGGAAAGUUUGGUGCUAGGUACUGCCACCGGUAAAAGCCCGGCCAUGCAACUUUUGUAUGAAAAGUAUGAGAAGAAAAUCUUCACUGCUUUUAUAAUGUGCAUGGUAAGAAACAUGGAGGUUCUGAACAAAAUGUUAAACAGAACUAAGCCGAUCUUUCAAGUAGAUGCGAUAUUGAUAGCGUCCGAGGUAAUAUUACGCCCGUCACCCGGUGAGAUCUACAACAUCAUCUGUCAGGACGUGCGAGAUCUAUUGGAAAGAUUAAAAGGAUUCUCGAGAUGGAUGAAUGGAACUUGCUUGGAAUGUGAACCACAGAAAAAGGAAUUUUCGGAGGAUUUGAUUCUUUUCAGUUUCUUCGAGGACGUGAUGAGUGUCCGGAUAAUUAAUGAACUCAUAAAGAUAGUUCAGGACACGGCGUACAGAAUUUCGACGGAAUGCUGCCGAUAUUUGUACAGAUGGAAGAAAUACAGCAAUUUAUGGUCGUUUGAUAAGAAUCUCGUUUGUGAGAAAUUCGUGGCGACGAAACCCACGCUUGUACAAUACGAUGAAAAAUUCACGUUUUACGAAAGCAUUUUGGAGGAACUCGAAGAUAUGUCAUCUUACUUCGACAUAAGCAGUGUACGGCUCAACUUGACACCGCUCUUAUCGAGCAUCGAGAGUCAAGCGAAAGAGUGGAAACAGGUUUUAGGGAAUUAUCUUCUGUCCGAUACUGUCCAGGCUAUGAAUCAGUUAAAAGCUCAGAUCGAGAUCUUUCGCAGCGAGAUCGAGCUGGUGGUUACCGGAUUGGAUCGUUUCAUGUCGAUCAUGCAAGCGAUCACCGACGUGAGAAAUAUGGCGAUCCAAGCUGAAGUGCAAUACCUGUCUUAUCAGGAAUGUUUUCGCACAAUGCGCACUCAUGCGAUUGCGUUCUCUCCAUCGGACGAAGCGAUGGCGUACGAAUUACAACGUAAAUGGGAAUCCUUGUAUCUUGGAGCGUUUUAUAGAGCCUCGACCCUGGAAAGCACCAUCGAAAAAUUUGCCGAAAUGAUUGAGGAUCAAAUUCGACAGUUCUUAGGUGAAACUGGGAAAUUUGCCGAAGAUUUUGAGACGCAUGGUCCCGGAAGCACCGGGGAUGACCUAGAGCUUGGACUGAAGAAAAUGGAUGAAUAUGGUAAACUGAUCAACAAAUACGAAGAAAGACGCUCGAAUCUAAUAAAGUACGAGACCCUGUUCGAUCUGCCGCCUACCGAUUAUUCAGUUUUUCUGAAAGUCAAGACAGAAUACGAGAACAUGGAGAUGUUAUAUGAUCUCUAUAAAAAGCAGAGUAACGCACGAGAGAUCUGGGCGAAGACUCUCUGGGUGAACUUGAAUCCCCAGCAGCUCAUCGAGGGUAUGGAACACUUCAUGAGAGAGCUCCGACAACUGCCCAAGUCCAUCAGAGAUAUGAACGUCGGCCGUGCCUUGAACGCCAAUAUGAAAAACUUCAAGAAUUCAGUGCCGCUCUUCAUCGAGCUGAAGAACGAGGCUAUGCGCGAGAGACACUGGCAAGAGCUGAUGAAAAGAACCGGACAAUAUUUCGAUAUGGACCCGGACAGAUUUACCUUAGAAAAUAUGUUCGCUAUGGAGCUAGGAAAGUAUCAAGACAUCGCUCAAGAUAUUGUAAUGAAUGCCGUGAAGGAGCUUGCGAUAGAAAGAGGCGUGAAAGAAGUGGGGGAAGUAUGGAAGUCUAUGGAAUUCAAUCUCGUGAAACACUAUAAAGGUAUGGAGGAUCGUGGUUUUAUUCUUGGCCCACUCGACGAAUUGAAUCUGGUACUCGAGGACAACAUGCUGACCGUGCACAGCAUGGCGGCUUCGCAAUUUAUCGGACCGUUUCUCAACGUCGUUCAGAAAUGGGAACACACGAUGCACACGAUCUCCGAAGUUCUAGAGGUGUGGGUGGAACUGCAGCGAAAGUGGCUAUAUCUCGAGGGCAUCUUCGUGGGCGGCGACAUCCGGCUUCAGUUACCGGAUGAAACGAAAAGAUUUGACGACAUUGAUCAAGCCUUCAAGAAGAUCAUGACUGACACGUCGAAGAGACGCAAUGUCUUAGAAUGUUGCACGAUUUAUGGCCGAAAAGAUGAAUUCGAAGCCAUGAUUGCGAUCCUCGAGAAGUGCCAAAAAUCUCUUACGGAAUACCUGCGCAGCAAACGCAUUGUAUUCCCGAGAUUCAACUUUAUAAGCGACGAUGAACUGCUGAGCAUUCUCGGUAACAGUAAUCCCACUAUCAUCCAGGAACAUGUUGGAAAGAUGUUCGAUAAUCUCGAUAAGUUCAAACUGGUGCCUGACAGCUCAGACAGACUGAUGGUGACGGCUCUCAUAUCUUGCGAGAGGGAAAUUAUGGAAUUUAGGAAUCCCGUGACUACAGAACAGAACAUUGAAAUCUGGAUGGGUCUUGCUCUCGAGGAAAUGAAGAGAUCGAAUCGAUACUUGACGAAGAAAGCGGUCUACAAUUAUGGCAAGGAACGAAGACCGAGAACGGAAUGGCUACUUGAAUUUCAAGGAAUGAUGGUUCUCACAGCCAAUCAGAUAUGGUGGACCGCGAAGGUCGAAAAUGUUUUCGAUAAGAUAUCCCAGGGGAAUAAACGGGCUAUGAAGGAGUAUUUACAACAACUCAACGACCAAUUAAACGAAGUGGUGACAUUAAUGGGUAGUGAUACGCUCACGAGCAACGAUAGAAAGAAGAUUGACAUGGUUCUAACAAUCGACGUGCACAUUCGGGACAUUAUCGAGAACUUUGUUAGGGACAGCAUUAUAGAUCCCACGGAAUUUGAAUGGGAAAGUCAAUUGAGAUUUUACUGGGUUCAUGAUCUGGAUAAUGUAUGGAUGAAUCAAUGUACAGGCACUUUCGAAUACGGUUACGAGUACAUGGGCCUUAAUGGCAGAUUGGUUAUUACGCCUCUGACAGACAGGAUAUAUCUCACAAUCACGCAAGCUCUUUCGAUGCACUUAGGCGGUUCUCCAGCGGGUCCUGCUGGAACCGGCAAGACUGAGACAGUCAAGGAUUUAGCGAAAGUCCUGGGUCUCUUAUGUGUUGUCACUAAUUGUGGAGAAGGGAUGGAUUUUAUUGCGAUCGGCAAGACUCUAGGUGGUCUGGCUCAAUGCGGGGCAUGGGGUUGCUUCGACGAAUUCAAUCGUAUCGAUACCUCUGUUCUCUCGGUUAUCUCGACCCAGUUGCAAACUAUACGUUCGGCAUUACAAGUUAAAGCUCAAAGAUUUACGUUCGAAGGCCAAGACAUCGUGCUGGACUCGAAAGUGGGAAUUUUCAUCACCAUGAAUCCAGGAUAUGCCGGUCGUACGGAGCUACCGGAAUCCGUCAAGGCCUUCUUCAGACCGGUGGUCUGCGUAGUACCGGACAACGAACUGAUCUGUCAGAUUAAGCUCUUCAGCGCCGGUUUUCUGAUGGCGAAGCAGCUCGCCAAGAAAAUGACAGUUCUCUAUAAGCUCGCGAGCGAGCAGCUGAGCAAACAGACGCACUAUGACUUUGGCUUGAGGGCCCUCAAGUCCGUCCUCAUCAUGGCCGGUCAGCUAAAAAGAAUUUCCGAUGAUUUACCCGAGAACGUUGUCCUGAUGAGAGCUCUCAGAGACAUGAAUUUACCAAAGUUCGUGUACGAUGACGUGCCGCUCUUUCUGGAUUUGAUUAAGGAUCUCUUUCCGGAUUUGGAUUGCCCCAGAGUGCAUUAUCCAGACUUUAAUGAGGCGGUUGAGGCAGUACUGGAAGUGCAUGGAUACAUCGUCUUGCCUGAGCAAGUUGACAAAGUCAUUCAAUUAUACGAAGUGAUGAUGACCAGGCAUUCAACGAUGCUCAUUGGCCCUACUGGUGGCGGUAAGACGGUAAUAAUCGAAACGCUAUGCAAGGCACAGACGCGUCUCGGGAAACCCACGAAACUGUACAUUCUGAAUCCCAAAGCUUGCACCGUCAUUGAAUUGUACGGAACAUUAGAGCCUACGACGCGUGAUUGGACGGACGGCCUCUUGAGCAGCAUCUUUCGCGAAAUCAACCGACCCUUAGAUUCUGGCAAGGACGAACGCAAAUAUAUACUCUUCGAUGGUGACGUCGAUGCAUUAUGGGUCGAAAACAUGAACUCGGUUAUGGAUGACAACAAGUUGCUGACUCUGGCUAAUCAAGAGAGAAUCAAAAUGCAGAAUCAUUGCAGUCUGCUCUUCGAGGUAGGCGACUUGCAAUACGCCUCACCUGCGACAGUGUCGAGAGCAGGUAUGGUUUACGUUGACCCGAAGAACCUAAGAUAUCAGCCAUAUAUGGACAAAUGGAUACAAGCCAAGAGCAAAGCAGACCAAGAUUUUUUUCGCGGAAUGUGCGACAAAUACGUACACGGUUCGCUCAAGCUCAUUAUCGAAGGAAUGCUAGGCCUUCAGGCAAUCGAACCGCUUCGGAUGAUCAUACCACAAACUGACCUCAAUAUGGUAAUUCAACUCUGCUACGUGUUUGAUGGCUUGCUGUCAUUAUUGAAAGACGAAUCGGUGGAUAAAAAAUCCACGGAAGUCCCUCAAGAAAAAGAGGAUAGUUCGCUAACGGCAAAAGAAGAACUCCUGGAGGCGAUGUACAUUCAAGCGUGUUAUUGGUCCUUUGGCGCGUCUAUUGUCGACGACGCGCGCCUCAAAUUCGAUGAAUACAUAAAGAAAAUUUCUGGACUUAUACUAGUCCAAGAUACACCUAUCAAGCUGGCAACCACUAGAUAUAUACCCGUAUCAUUUCCAACUAUGUACGAUUAUGUAUUGGAUGUGAAGAGGAAAGUUUGGAUGGCGUGGAAAUGGUUGGUACCGACAUAUCUCCAUGAUAGACAAAAAUUCUUUACGGAUAUCCUGGUGCAAACUAUCGACACUUUGCGUACUACGUGGUUUGUGGAUCUUAUGAACAAUCUGCAGAGACCGGUAUUAUUGAUCGGAGAAACUGGCACCUCGAAAACGGCCAUAAUUCAUGAGUUUCUGAGAAACUUGCAACCCGACAAAUACGAGCAGCUCCUACUUAACUUCUCAUCGAGAACCACUUCGAUGGACGUGCAGAGGAAUAUCGAAUCGGUAGUGGAGAAAAGAUCGAGAGAAAUAUUUGGACCGCCGCCCGGAAAAAAAUUAGUCGUCUUCAUCGACGACAUGAACAUGCCAAUUGUGGACACUUAUGGAACCCAGCAACCCAUUGCUUUUCUUAAAUUGCUCUUCGAAAGAGGUGGCUUUUACGAUCGCGGACGCGAUCUGACCUGGAAAUAUAUGAAAGACAUUUAUUAUUUAGCUGCCAUGGGAGAGCCUGGUGGCGGCAGGAACGAAGUCGAUCCGCGAUUUAUCUCGAUGUUCUCAGUUUACAAUGUGACUUUCCCAUCGAGCGAGACUCUCAAUUAUAUUUACACCAGUAUCUUGUCCGGUCACCUGCAAACGUUUCCUGAAGAAGUACAAUCUAUCGCAAACGGACUCGUGCAAUUGAUGUUGGAACUUUACGAGGUAAUUUUAAAAGAACUCCUACCAACGCCGUCCAAGUUCCAUUAUAUUUUCAACAUGCGUGACCUUUCGAGGAUCAUGGCUGGUCUGCUUCAGAGUCAUUCUAACUUCUAUCCUAGCGUAAAACAAUUCGUUAGACUCUGGAGGAACGAGAUCACCAGAGUUAUGUGCGAUCGUCUCAUUAGCGUCCAAGAUGAAAGUUUGAUCAUCGAUCAGUUAAAGGAGAAGAUACAGAAUUAUUGGGAAUUAGAGCCAGAAGUGAUUCAGUAUAGUUUACGAGACCCGAUGCUUUAUGGCGAUUUCAGAAACGCUUGCAACGAGGACGAGCCUAGAUUUUACGAGGAUCUGCUAGACUACGAAGCGGUCUACAGCUUGUUCUUGGAAAUUUUCGAUGAAUAUAACGAAAGGACCAGAGCCAAGCUACACAUGGUUCUCUUUAACGACGCGCUCGAGCACCUUACCAGAGUGCACCGUGCACUUCGGAUGCACCGAGGACACGUGCUUAUCGUUGGUACCGGUGGCAGUGGUAAAAAAUCCGUGAUAAAAUUAGCGUCCUUCGCCGCCGGUUAUCAGCUCUUCCAGAUCGUCCUGAGUCGCGGUUACAACGAGAUGUUCUUCCGCGAGGACAUGAAGAGUCUGUACAACAUGGUCGGCGUGGAGAACAAAAGAGUCGUGUUCAUGUUUACGUGCGCUCACAUUAAGGACGAGGGCUUCCUCGAGCUGGUGAACAACAUGCUGACAAGUUCCGUGCCGGCUCUCUUCAACGACGAAGAGAGGGAUGCGAUUGUCACUUCCUGCAGAGACGCGGCGGUUAUGGCCGGUUUCGACAUCGCAAAAAAGAGCGUCUGGUCGUACUUUGUCAAGACGUGCAUCGCGAAUCUGCGAAUAGCGCUGGCGAUGAGCCCAUCGGGCGACGCUUUGCGAAUACGAUGCCGCAAUUAUCCGGGUUUGAUCAACAACACCACCGUGGAUUGGAUGUCUCCGUGGCCGCAACAGGCCUUGGUUGCCGUGGCGAACGUUCUCCUCAGAGACAAUCCGAUCGUGCCACAGGAACACAGGGAGGCAAUUGUAAAUCACAUCGUGUAUGUACACACAUCAGUAUUACAAUACACGGUAGACUUCGCGACGAAGCUGAGGAGACGAAAUUACGUUACGCCGAGACAUUUCCUGGAUUUCAUCAACACUUACCUCAAACUACUGACGGAGAAGAAAAACUUUAUAAAUUCACACCGCGCGCGUCUUUCCGGAGGAUUGCAGAAAAUCGCAGAGGCUUCCGUGACUCUGAUUGAACUGAACAAAAUUCUGGCCGUGCAAAGGACCAAAGUGGCCGACCAAACGAAGAACUGUGAGCAGUUGCUCGCGUCCAUCGGCGAAAGCACGGAUAUCGCGAUGGAGAAGAAGAACCUGAGCGAGGAGAAAAGGAAAGAAAUCGAGGACAAGAAAAAGAUGAUCACCAAGGAGGAAACAGAGGCCAAGAAGACAUUAGCCGAGGCUCAACCGGCUCUCGACGCGGCCAGACUCGCACUGGGCGAACUCGACAAAGCUGAUAUCACGGAGAUCAGAUCUUUUGUGACGCCACCCGAACCGGUGCAAAUCGUUUCGGAAUGCGUCGCGAUGCUUUGUGGUGUCAAGGAUGUGUCCUGGAAAGGAGCUAAAGGAAUGAUGAGCGACCCGGGAUUCGUGAGGAGCUUGCAGGAAAUGAACUGUGAUCAAAUCACUAUAAAACAGCAGCAAGCAGUUCAAACGCACUUGAAGAAGACGGACAAACUAGAUCAAAUGCAGGUCAUCAGCAAAGCAGGAUACGGCUUGUACAAAUUUGUCCUCGCUGUUUUGGAUUAUUGCGCCGUUUAUAAAGAGGUGAAGCCGAAGAUGGAUAGAGUCCAAAUGCUCGAAACAGAGUCCCAAAAAAUUAGACGUGCGUUAGAAAAAGAAGAACGAGAGUUAAAACGAUUAGAAAAAACGAUCGAGGAGCUGAAUGCGAAAUACGACAUAGCGAUGACCGAACGACAGAAACUGCAGGACGAGACAGAUCUGCUGCAGCGACGCCUGUUGGCCGCCGAUAAGCUUAUUUCUGGAUUGUCUUCCGAGAACGAACGUUGGCAAAAGGAUCUAGUGGGUUUGCACGAUGAUUUAGAGAAGAUUACCGGAAAUUGCUUGUUUGGAGCGGCAUUCCUCGCCUAUAGUGGUCCGUUUUCCUACGAAUUCAGGAAUGAAAUGUACAGCGACUGGAAGAGAAGCAUUUUGGAAAAAGACCUACCUCUGUCGAUGCCCUUUAAGCUCGAAACCCAACUGAGCGAUGACGUUGAAAUUAGCACCUGGAACUCGGAAGGUCUUCCACCGGACGAGCUGUCCGUGCAAAAUGGCAUAUUGACCAUGAAAGCAUCCAGAUUUCCGUUUUGCAUCGAUCCACAGCAACAAGCGCUGAAUUGGAUCAAGAAGAGAGAGCAGAAGAAGAAUCUGAAGAUCCUCUCCUUUACAGACACGGAUUUCCUGAAGCAAAUAGAACUGGCGAUCCAAUAUGGUUUACCAGUACUUGUGCAGGAUGUCGACGAGAUCGACCCCAUCUUGAACAACGUUUUAUCAAAAAAUAUUCAAAUCGUUGCAGGACGAACUUUUGUCAUUCUCGGUGAUAAGGAGAUAGAUUAUGAUCCAAGAUUUCGUGUAUAUUUGACAACCAGAAUGACCAAUCCGAUGUUGGAUGCAGCCGUGUAUGCCAAAGCGAUUGUUAUCAAUUAUAUGGUUACCACAGCAGGCUUGGAAAACCAACUCUUAUCAGUUGUCGUGAGAGUCGAAAGGCCGGAUAUCGAGGAGCAACGGGAGACGUUGAUUCUGGAAACGAGCGAGAACAAGAAUUUGCUGCAACAAUUGGAGGACAGUCUUCUGCGCGAAAUCGCCGCUGAUCAAGGCAACAUGCUGGACAACAUCGACCUGAUCGAGACUCUGGAGAACAUCAAGUCUAGAGCUAACGAGGUGAUGACGAAGCUGUUCCUCGCGGAGGUCACCUCGGCUGACAUAGACAAACUUCGCGAAGGCUAUCGUCCGGUGGCAGAACGAGGAGCUAUCCUGUUUUCAGUAUUAGCCGAUAUGGCUACCGUGAACGCCAUGUACCAGUAUUCUCUGAUCAGCUACGUCGAAGUGUUUAUCCAUUCACUCAAGAGAUCGCUGCCGGAUCCAGUGCUCGUCAAACGAUUGCAGAAUAUUAUUCCGAUGUUGACAAAGAACGUGUAUGAUUACGGUUGUACGAGCAUUUUUGAGAGGCACAAAUUACUCUUCUCCCUGCAAAUUUGCGUGAGAAUAGAAAGAAGCGUGGAUAACGUGAAUCAGAAGCAGUUGGACUUCUUCAUCAAAGGUAGCAUGGCCUUGGAGAAAUCGCCCCAAGUGAAUCCCACCAGAUGGUUGCCGCAAUCGGGCUGGGAAGAUGUUCUUACACUGGCGAGCGAUUUCCCAGACAAAUUCAAGCAGCUGCCAGAAGAAUUGCGGGAUUGCGAGGACGAAUGGAAGCAGUGGUAUGAUUCGGACACGCCAGAAUCGGACAAACUCCCAUGCGAUUAUAACACGCGAUUGACACCCUUUGAGAAACUGAUGCUGAUACGCUGCUUCCGCGUAGAUCGCGUUUACUGUGGCAUCAUUAAUUAUAUUAUCGAUAUCAUGGGUGAACAGUAUAUCACACCGCCUCAUAUGAGUUUCGAUAUGAUUUUCGAGGAGAGUACGCCUACCAUGCCUGUAAUCUUUCUUUUGAGCCUGGGCUCGGAUCCUACUUCGGAGCUGAUGAAGCUGGCCGAUCGAUACGGCUGUGGCGGUGGAAAGUUUAGAUAUCUCUCGCUUGGUCAAAGUCAAAACAAGAUCGCGAUGGAAUUGUUGGAUGUAGCGAUGACGAGAGGUCAGUGGCUGAUGCUCCAGAAUUGCCACCUACUAUUGUCCUUCACAAAAGAUCUAGAGAAGGUCGUGGAAAACAUAGGAAAGCCUCAUCCCGACUUUCGCCUGUGGCUCACCACGGAGCCUAUUCCUAAUUUUCCAAUCGGAAUACUGCAACAAUCACUGAAAGUGGUAACGGAACCACCGAGCGGGUUGAAACUAAACUUGCAAAGCACGUAUUUCAACAUGCGACCACAGACUUUGGAAACUUGUUCCCAUUUUCUUUACAAGCACUUAAUUUACAUUCUAGCCUUCUAUCACGCUGUUAUCCAGGAGAGAAGAAGAUACGGCAAAAUUGGGUGGAAUAUAAAGUAUGAUUUCAACGAAUCAGAUUUUAACGUAUGCACCACCAUUCUGGAUGCUUAUUUAACAAAAGCACUGACAACAAAGGAGUCUAACGUACCGUGGAACAGCCUCAAGUAUUUAAUUGGAGAGGUAAUGUACGGCGGAAGGAUAAUGGACAGCUAUGAUCGUCGCGUCUCUUACACUUACAUGGACGAAUAUUUCGGUGAUUUUCUGUUCGACGAGUUUCAACCGUUCUACUUUUACAAGGAUGCCGUCAGCUAUGUGAUACCUCCGGAAGGAGAUCGCGAUGAUUAUUUGCGAUUCAUCGAGGAGCUUCCUCUCGUGAACACUCCGGAAGUAUUUGGAUUGCAUCCGAAUGCCGAGAUCGGAUAUUUUACGCAAGCGGUCAAAAGAAUGUGGAGGCAUCUCAUUGAACUUCAACCACAAACCGCGAUCAGCAUCACCGGUGUCAGCAAAGAUGAAUUCAUAGAUAACAUAGCGAAAGAGAUCUCAGCCAAGAUGCCCGUACCAUAUGAUAUUAACAAGGUCAAGAGAAAUUUCGGUGUGACCGUAACGCCUACCGCAAUUGUCUUAUUUCAAGAAUUAGAAAGAUUCAACAAAUUAAUAGAAACGAUAACGAGGACAUUGAAUCAACUGAGGAAGGCCAUCGCCGGCGAAAUCGGGAUGGACACUACACUGGAAAACAUUUCCGUGGCACUUUAUAAUGGUACUCUACCCAAAGAAUGGGCCAAAUUCGCGCCGGACACUCGAAAGAAUCUUGCGGGUUGGAUGGACCACUUUCAUAAAAGAAUAGACCAAUAUACUAAUUGGUCUGGUGCGAACGAGCCCGUGGUACUUUGGUUGUCUGGAUUGCACGUGCCAGAAACUUACCUGGCGGCUUUGAUUCAGAUAGCUUGUCGCAAGAACAGCUGGCCUCUUGAUCGUUCCGUCAUUUACACGACGGUAUCGAGCUUCUUCAGACCUGACGAUGUGGAAGAAAGACCCGAUCAGGGAUGUUAUGUGUACGGAUUAUACUUGGAAGGCGCCAGAUGGGACGUCGAGGAGCGUCGUUUGAAAAAAUCGCAUCCGAAAGUUUUGAUAGAGGAGCUGCCAAUAUUAACUAUCAUACCUACUGAGGUUCAUAGACUGAAAUUACAGAAUACGUUUAAAACCCCCGUAUAUACUACAUUAAAUCGACGAAAUGCCCUCGGUGUUGGUUUAGUAUUCGAGGCCGAUUUGACGACUCCGGAACAUAUCUCACAUUGGGUACUUCAGGGUGUUUGUCUUGUGUUAAAUACAGAUUAAAAUAGUGCUUCAGGUCAAUGAUCAAACCCGCAUUCUUCCGUAUCAGGACUUGUUAUGUAUUAAUA